AUGGAGGUUUCACUUGGGAACAAUGACAUUUCAAUUGAGAUUCUUUCGCGAUUACCUACUAAAAGUUUGGUUGGUUUAAAGUGUGUUUCGAAAGAAUUGAACAGUCUUGUCUUAGAGAGAUCUUUUGCCAAGCGUCAGUUGAAAAAGGGGGAACCUGUCUGCGGAUUCUUCUUCCAGGAAAGGUACCAAUGGUGUGACGAUGAUAUCAAAUCUAUUAGCUAUAUUCCAGUUAAGGUGAAAGGCACUGAAUUACAGCGCUCUGUCUUCAAUUUUCUCCCCGAGUGCGUUGUGCUGUUGGCAGUGUGUAAUGGCCUGAUCUGUUGCCGGAGUUGCUUUUCUUCUCCACAACCUGUAAUAUAUGUCUGCAACCCCUUGAACAGGGAAUGGGUGAUUCUGCAGUGGCCUGAACCUGACAAAAAAAGCAGCCUAGGAUUGGCUUUUGACCCCGUUAAUGAUCCUAUAGACAAAUCCACCAAUUUCAAAGUGGUUAGAGCUUAUCAAACUGUGAAUGAGGCAGAGGAUUCAUACUUUUCUUUUGACUUGUACUCAUCGAAAACAGGGACUUGGAGCAGAUCAGUGGAGAUGUGCCAGUGUCAUCAUAAGGUAAUUAAGAACAAAGGCAUUUUUGUUGAAGGGGCCUUGUUUUGGCUAACUGAUGGUGACAAAGUCCUCAUGUUUGAUAUUGAAAAGCAACUAUCUUGGCUGGUAACUGUACCAACCCCUCUAGUGCAGUUUGAUAGCAUCCCUGAGAUGUGUAUCGGAGAAUCUAAAGGCAAACUGCAUUAUGUUUUGAUCUCUGACGAUGGACUUCAUGUGUGGGCUCUUGAGGAUUCCUUUGACUUCAUUUGGGCACUCGAAUACUCCGUUGCUCUGGAUGAGAUGGAGAGAGAAAACUCUAAUUUGCUCUGUAACAUACGAAAAAGAGUGGCUGCUCGGGUGUACCAUGAUAUGGAUCCAUGGAUUGACCCUCUGGCCUUUAAAGAUGGUCUUUUGCUCAUGAAAGUUGCAUCAAAGAUAUACUUGUAUAACGUUGAAACAAGGAAACUGGACCAGCUUUGCACUGUUUCCAUGUUGGGUCCAAACGCCACAUUUUCGCCAAUAGUGCUACCAUACACCAUGAGUUUGGUUCCAUUGGGUCGGCCAUAGCAGUCUACUGUCUCAGUUUCUUUAUCUCGACCAAUAUGUUUGACCGUGUUCAGGAUCUCAGUUGUUCAUAUGCUGCUUUUUUGUUCUUCCAUUCUGCUUCUCUUCAAUGGCCAUUGGCUUUUGGGGCCAAUUUUGCUAGGCUUGUGCAGUUAUAUGCUAGUAAAAGAUGUAAGCAAAGACUAAAACUUCUAUCUUGUACAUUCCUUCUAUGUUAGUCAAGUUCCAGAAUGGAUGAAGCUAUAUGAUGUGACUGAGGUUUUCUACGAACAA